CUCGCACCUCUGAUCCAAAAAUUCGCAGAUUGAAUUCCGUGUUCCCUCCGCAAGUCACUCACCUUCAACACACACAACAAGAUCAAGAUGGGUCGCGGUCCAAAGAAACAUCAGAAGCGUCUCAGCGCUCCCUCGCACUGGCUUUUGGACAAGCUCUCUGGUGCCUAUGCCCCCAAGGCAUCACCUGGUCCUCAUAAAACCCGCGACAGCCUGCCCCUGAUUGUCUUCAUCCGCAACCGUCUGAAGUAUGCGUUGAACGGCCGAGAGACGACUGCUAUCCUUGCGCAGCGCCUGAUCAAGGUCGACGGCAAAGUGCGAACUGAUCACACCUACCCUGCGGGUUUCCAAGAUGUCAUCUCGAUUGACAAGACUGGCGAACACUUCCGUCUGAUCUACGACACCAAGGGACGAUUCGCUGUCCACCGCAUCGAAGCCGCCGAGGCAGAGUACAAACUCGGCAAGGUCAAGAGAGUUCAAGUUGGCAAGGGUGGAAUCCCAUACUUGGUUACGCAUGAUGCUCGCACUAUCCGAUACCCCGACCCGGCCAUCAAGGUCAACGACACUGUCAAGAUCGACCUCGCUACCGGAAAAAUCACUGAUUUCAUCAAGUUCGACACCGGUGUGAUCGCCAUGGUUAUUGGUGGUCGUAACUUGGGUCGUGUUGGUGUCAUCACUCACCGAGAACGCCACGACGGUGGUUUCAACAUCGUCCACAUCAAGGACGCCAUCGACAACUCUUUCGCUACCCGUGAGAACAACGUCUUCAUCAUCGGCAAGGAGAAGCCAUGGGUCAGCCUGCCCAAGGGCAAGGGUGUCAAAUUGUCUAUCGCCGAAGAGAGAGAUCGUCGUCGUGCUGUUCAGCUUGCCGCCCACUCAUAAGCGUCUCGCCGUUCGGUCGGAUGAUAGUACACUUUUGAGGUUGACAAUGUAGCACGAGCUCGAGAUGAGAAAUAUCACAUGCAUCAAAAUGCAUGGUGCUCAACAGUUGAGCCCGAUUAUGCAGCUCGCAAUAGCUUACUCGCGGGAUCCAGCCAUGUAGGGCUACGGAACCAAUGAAAUACCCAUCAAUGCUCGGUCAAGUACCAGCUUGUGAAACACUAA